CGGGCGGUUGCUGUCGCGUACGCGGGGGCGGUGUCCGGAGGCGGUCGCGGUGCUCGGGCGCGCGGGGAGAUGCCGGGAGGAGGCCGCUGCCCCGACUGCGGCUCCACCGAGCUCGUGGAAGACGCGCACUAUGCGCAGAGCCAGCUGGUGUGCUCCGAGUGCGGCUGCGUGGUCAGCGAGGGGGUCCUGACCACCACCUUCAGCGACGAGGGCAACCUCCGAGCAGUAACAUAUUCCCAAAGCACAGGGGAAAAUGAACAAGUUAGUCGCAGCAAGCAACGAGGUCUCCGCCGAGUGAGAGACCUUUGUCGAGUUCUGCAGUUGCCACCAACAUUUGAGGACACAGCAGUUGCCUACUACCAACAGGCAUACCAGCACUCUGGCAUCCGAGCUGCCCGGCUUCAAAAAAAGGAGGUGUUGGUUGGGUGCUGUGUUUUAAUCACCUGCCGGCAGCAUAACUGGCCCCUAACCAUGGGAACCAUCUGCACCCUGUUGUAUGCAGAUUUGGAUGUGUUUUCUGGCACAUACAUGCAGAUAGUGAAGCUCCUGGGGCUGGAUGUGCCAUCUCUGUGCUUGGCAGAACUGGUGAAGACCUAUUGUAGCAGCUUCAAACUGUUCCAGGCUUCCUCCUCUGUGCUGGCCAAAUACGUGGAAGACAAAGAAAAGAUGCUGUCACGAACAUUACAGUUGGUGGAGCUGGCAAAUGAGACGUGGCUGGUGACGGGGCGGCAUCCCUUGCCUGUCAUCACUGCUGCUGCUUUCCUGGCUUGGCAGUCACUGAAGCCUUCAGAUCGGCUGACAUGUUCCCUUGCCCGAUUUUGUAAAUUGGCAAAUGUGGACCUGCCCUGCCCUGCUGCCUCCCGCCUGCAGGAGCUGCUGGCUGUGCUGCUGCGGAUGGCUGAGCAGCUGGCUUGGUUGCAGGUUCUAAAACUUGACAAACGGUCUGUGGUGAAGCACAUCGGUGACCUUCUUCAGCACCGCCACAUGCUGGUCCGCAAGGCCUUUCGGGAUGGAAAAGUAGAAAUGGAGACCCAAGGGAAGGAGGGGCAGGGGCAAGGACAGGGAGAAGAGGAGGCAGGGAAUUGUUCCUUAGAUUUGCCCAAGCAGAAGCGACCAGCCAGUCCUGCCCUUCUCCUCCCACCCUGCAUGUUGAAGCCCCCAAAGCGGAUCCAUCCCACACCCCCUGUCUCCUUGGUCACCGGAGACGAGGACAUUUCUGAUAGUGAAAUAGAGCAGUAUUUGCGUACCCCUCAGGAAAUUAGGGAUUUUCAGAGAGCCCAAGCUGCUAGACAGGCUGCCACAAGUGUCCCUAACCCUCCUUGAUGGACAUCCAUUGGGGGCACAUAACCUCAUUUGGACAGGAGCUAGGAAGUAAGUGUGGACGAGUCCUUAUGUGUUAUCUUGUUUGAAGGAACCAAGGGGAGCUCUGUCUUAGCUGGACCCUGGGUCCUGGGGUCGAUGCCAGAAGCAGUGCAGGGAUCACUGCGGGUAGGAGAGGGUCCCAUCCCUUGGUGCCUGCCGGAGAGCAAGUUGCAUGUAUUCGUGUUCUUUCGGAUAGCUCUCCUCUUAGACUGUUGGGAAAGUAUCAGGCUCCCCCUGGCUCCUAGUUUGAGUGGGACACACUGCUGCUGACGCUUCUUUAGGUCUGACGGGGCUUCCCUGCUGCUUGUGGAGCAGUUGGCUUCCCAGUCAACCCUCAGAGGAGCAGGAACUGGGGAAUUCUUGGCCCUGUGUCCAUUUACAGGCAGUAGAUUUGUGUGCAUGGUGUCAUGAAAUCCUCUUAUCAUAGCAACAAAAAGACCGUGGGUGGACUAAGGCUAAAGCCCAAAGGGGUUUGCAAAUUUUUAAUAUAUUAAAACAAGAGGCAUCUGCGAGAAAACACUCUAUUGUAUAAAACUUGAGCUUUUAAAAACA